AAAGGAAAAAGGAUCAUUUAACGCAUUUAUCACUCCUAAUUGUACCGUAGGAAAGUAAAACGCCAGAACAGCUGAUUGGAGGCCAAGCAUUGACGGGGGGAGGUCAGGAAGCCAUGUCCCCAGAUGCUCCCCGUAAAUGUCCCUUAUGAAGUUGUGUGUGUGUGUGAAGGGCAGCCACCAUGGUAGCUGGCACAGACGGGGCAGGCAGUGGGCUGUGUGUGGUGUGUGCCAAGGUGGUGAGCAGCUCCCUGGUCAGCGUGCAUGCCAGCCUUGUCACACAGAAUGGCAGCAUCCACCGCCAGAUGGGGCAGGUGGUGGGGAUGGACCAGCUGGAAGAGGCAUGUCAAGCUACAGAGUUUGUUUGUUCCAUCUGCCUCAGACUCCUGCUCAGUAUUGUAAACCUUGAGUCAAAGGUGGUUAUGCUAAAGAAUGAGUUUCAGGCCACAUUCCUGCAGGGAGCUGAGUUGAGGAGGAAAGCUGUCAUAGGUGGAAAAGUUCAUCUUGGCCAUAGUUCAUUAAUUGACAAAAAACAAUACGAUGGAAACCCGCCACCUGCCUCACAGGGGACACAGGAUAACUUGUGGAACAGAACUCACUUGGACCACUGUGAGAAGCCUGAGAGAGCUGAGAGAUUUUUUUGCCACAUUCCACUAGACUCAGAGUGCAAUGCAGAAACUCCCUCUACCAGUGAGCCACCAGCAGAUGACAGAGCACAGGAUGCCAAGUCUUCCGUCAAAGAUGAAACGGCUCCAUCAGAGAGUUCUGCAGUCAGCAGCAGACAAUCUUCUGGGGAGCUGGAGACACAGCUUGCCCUAGACACAAGUGCUGCUGAACUAAGUGACCUCCUGCCUUCCCACUGCUAUCUGGGAGAUAUUGCAACUUCAAGUGGCUCACAAGGCAGAGAGGAACCAUUGAGGGAGGUAGACAAGAGACCCAACGGUAAUCCCUCCAUGCAGCACUACCCACUCAGCCCUUCCAGCAGUGUGAGCACCUUGGAUGCUGCAAAGCCUGUGCAAUGUGGCAGUGAGGGGAACAAGACUUAUGUCACAAGCAACCUAGUGAAACAGGACAGUGAAUGUCUGCCAGAUUCUGAGGGCAGCAGUGAACAGACAUUGCAGCGUAGACUCAGGAAGUCGAGAAAGGAAGGCCAGGAAACAUGGCAGCCGGGAGCCAGCAUACCCAAGAGGGCAAGGGCAUUAAAAACUACCUUUGAGACGAAGGAACCAGAAGCAGAUACAGAAGGGUGGACAUCCAAGGAGUCUGGGGCAGCACAGCUUGGAAAGUUUCAGAAGAGGUGUGAGCUGUGUGGAGACCAAUUCAGCAAUGCCAAGCAGUUAGGACGGCACCGCAGAGAGGCACACUCAGCUGUUUACUGCCAUGUGUGUGAGUGGUGCCCCAACAUCUGCUACAGAGAGAAGUCCAAGCUCACCCAACACUUGCGGCGGCUACACAACAUCACCGCUCACAAGUGUCCCGGCUGUAUGCACCAGGCAGUGAGCCAGAACGCCCUGGACCAGCACAUCAUCACACAACACCCAGAGUCUCGCUUCUUUGAGUGCCACAUCUGCCACAAGGCUUUCAGGACCCACCGCUACCUCCACUUUGUGCACAUCAAGAGGUGCCACUUGGGGCUUCCAAUCAAGUAUUCCUGUGAAAAGUGCAACAAAGGAUUUGUUGAUAAAUCUUCUCUUGAGAACCAUAAAAUCACUCAUGCAGGAGCCAGAAAUUUCACCUGUGAGUUCUGUGGGGCAAGGUUCCUGACUCCCUAUGCCCUCAAAGUCCACAUCAACACACACACCAGAGAGAAAAAGUAUGAGUGUGAGGACUGUGGGUUGGCCUUCCUGCGCAUGUGUAACUUGUGUGCCCAUAAGAAGCGCUUCCACAGCACCAAUGACGUCAAGUUGGUAUGUGAGAUUUGUGGUAAGUCCAUGGCAACCCGGAAGGACCUGAGAAGACACCAGGUGGCGCAGCACUCCAAAGAGAAGCCCUUCAGAUGCCCCCAGUGUCCCCGCUGCUAUGCUGCCAAGGAGAGCCUCAAGAACCACCUCAGAACACACACUGGUGAAAAGCCGUAUGUGUGUGCCUGUGGCAAGGCCUUCUACAAGAGCAACGUGCUGCGGCGCCACCAACGCUGUGUCCAUGAAGGAGAGGAUCUGCAGCAGGAAGCAGUAGCAGCCGAAAUGGACUCUGUUCAGGUUGGGGGUAAUGGGGAGCUGGAACGGGAGGAGCACAUGGUGGUGAUCACCCUGAAGGAGUGCAAUCCCCCAGCAGUGUACACAGUGCAGAGCAGCACUGCACACCUCCAGGAGAUUAUGGUGUCCAGUGAAGGACAAACUCAAGGCCCUGCUGAUGCCUCCCUACUUGCUGAGGGAGCAGAGGGUUUGCCAUUGCUGCACUCCUCCCUUGGGGCACUGGGCCGGGGCCGCCUUGCUCUCUCCACCCCAGUAUUGCUCACUUCCCUCACUGACGGCUCCAUUACUGUCCCAGAUGCCACCUUUGCCACACAGGUCACCACUGUGGAUGCCAGCCUGCCAUCACACCCGCCCGCCACCUUCCAACCCACCUCAGACUCCCCUGCUCCCACCAAUCCCAUUGUUUCCACCAAGAGUCCCCAGGUCACCCAGGACCCACUGGCUGAUCUGGGCCCAGCCUCCUGCAGUGAUCUGCUGCAUCUGCCCAGCCUGCAUGCUGCUGCUGCCACUCCAGUGUCUCUAGUGGCACCCUGGCCCUCUUCAGCUCUCUGAGCUCCCCUCCCCCCGGCUGGCUGGUGCCUCACACCACCACAAGUGUUGCAUCACUUGGCCUUCUAAUUGGAAAAACAGUUCUUAUGGAAAUUUUAUUUUUUUGAAUCGUUAUUUUAUUAUUUCAAAUUAUAUGGUACUUAAAAAGUUUAAGACAUUCAGGCAUGAUGACUAUAUUUGUGAAUUAAACUACAUAAUACAUUAUCACAAUUAUAUUUAUGAAUUGAAUGACACAACCACAACCAUAACCACAUUUAUAUCUAUAAAUUAAACUCUACACAAUCACAACAAGCAUGCACUUCAAUAUACCCUCUCACACACACUCAAGACAGAAUAGAUCACCCUCACUAGGGACUGAGCCACAUUUAGUCAGACUUUCAAGACAGAUGUGAUAUUUUAAUGAAAACUGAAAUAGACUUAUUAUGAUUGAGUACAAAUUAUAUAUAGUUUUAGUUUUCCAUUAUGUUAAUAUCUAGGACAUGUUGGCCUCAUGUCUUUCUGCCUUGCAUAAACAUUGUGUGUCUUAAACAUAGAGUACCAGCAUAUAUACAUACACAUGUAUGUAUAGUCAUGUCCCAAGGUGGCUGAAAGAAUCAUUAGUUUUCACAUGAUAUGGUCCAUCAUCUUAUUUCUUCAAAAAUUUAUUAAAAGUGGCUGGUUACUGCUGCCCAUCAAGGAGACAUGUGUCUGUCUCAGCCAGAGGGAUGUUGCCUUAAUCCCAAUUUUUUUAUUUGUUUCAAACACUAUUUUCUCAUCAGGACUACCAUUUUCAAAGGCCACAGAACUCCUUGGUCAGUUGAUUUCUCAUGGGUGUUUUUCUUGUUUAUAGUGGAAAGUCCUUUGACUACCUCAAGAAUCUCAAAAGCACCUUUGAAAACCACACUGGUUAAAAGUCAAGAUAAAGAUAAGACACUUAAGUCUCUGAGAAUAGCCUCACUCCCAAACCCCUUAUGAGCAUAUACUAAUGAGAGCAAAGAACACUUACAUUAGGUAAAGAAACUAGAAGUAAUUGAAGUGCAAAGUUAAUACACUCUAGAGUUAUGGUUACCUAGUACAAUGAUGUGGUGGAAUGACAGUGCAAAGUGUUUAGUGAUAAGCUGUUGGGAGAUCGUCUAGCCUCACCCUGACACACACCAUGCUGCCAUCAUACACUGCCAGAGGUUCAAACCCUCAGUCCACUUUUUGGUGUUUGAACAGUUUUAAGUGUCUCAUCGUGAAUGAGUUAAUAGUGCACCCUACACCCUACCUUCCCCAAUCAGUAAAGAAAACCUUGCAGUUACUAUGGUAAUACAUGCAAUGAUAUUCCUUGCCAAUAUUAAUAAUGUAAGGGUCUGGUAUCUACACUGCUCUGUUUGAAUAUCUACUAUAAUAUUUAGGAUGUGAUGAAGCAGAAAAUAUCCAAGUUCGAAUUACUGAGUUCAAGUUGUGAGCUGCUAUUUUGAAGCCCUUGAGUUAUAGGAAAGGGUAUAUGACUUUAAAAGGUAAUAAGGUAUCUGGAAAGGAGAGAAAACCUGAACAAAGAUUCAGUGUAUCAGUGUGAAUGUGAAUAUCAGUAUUUCAUGUGUGUUUUCCUGUAUUGUAUGGGGUACUUGAGUCACAGGGAUGGGACAUGACUUGAGAUGCUUGGUGUAUGGAUGUAUGUAUGUGCUCACUCUGACAGAUCUGGCUCUAGUUAUCCACUGCACAUGUUGCAUACUACUUAAUUCUCUGAUAGCCCACACCCACCAAUGAAGAUGUCUCUCACUUUGCAAAAUUGUACACAUCAAGAAGACUGUUGGAGAUGCUACAUGUAUAUAACCCAACACUUACCAUUCCUGUUGAGCCGUGUGUUGCUGCCAGUGUAGCGGGAGAAGUGUUGAUACAAGUGGCUUAUUUAUCUCAGAUUGAAUGUCCGUCCUCUAGUCUGCCCGUCCACCUGUCUUGGGGAGGGAGCACCGCCUGGCCGCCCCGCACCCCCAGCACCGCAACCUUUAUGUCUGCACAGACUAUGCAAUAAAACAAGGUAUAUCUUACA